CCCCCUAGGAGAGUGAGGGAGUGAGUUUGUCUUUCUUGCACCGCCUCUCGCUCUCCUGCUUCCCUUUUUGCGCCUCCUUUCGGCUUAAGUGCGCUCCACGGCCGGACGCGAAGUUUGCCAAACUCUAUUUUUUUUUUUUUUUCGGAAGCUGCCUGGGUGUUGCUUACGCACAGGCGCUUGCGUUUGGUAAUUUAACCAGAUCUGCUGCAAUCAUAAUCUCUUCAGUAAUGAGACAUUGCUGGGAAGUAUGGAUAAAAAUAUUGCAGAGCAGCUUAACAAGGCAUAUGAAGCCUUUCGGCAGGCAUGUAUGGAUAGAGACUCUGCUGUGAAAGAGCUCAAGCAAAAGACAGACAGUUAUGAAAAACAGAUAUGUGAACAACAGGAAAAAAUUGAUCUUCUGACAAGUGUUGUUGCAAAACUUCAGUUGCAAUUGGCUUCUGUGAGUGCCACUAGAGUUAAUGCAUAUGAUCAAGCUGCGGUACCUGAAGAUAAUGAAACAAGACAAAAUGGUACGUUACUGAACUUAGAUCCACAUCAACUCAAUGAAAAGCUGAAACUGGCAAUGCAAAGAGAAAAGCUUUUAAAGGAACAAUUGGAGAGUGAGAGCGUAAAAUUAAAACAAAGCGAAGAGGAAAGUAAUUUGAAGAAAAAGAAAUAUGAGUCUGUUCUCACCAUCAGAGAAGAUGAAAUAAGGCAGCUGAAAAAACAGCUGAAAGAAAUAAAUGAAGCACAAAACUGCGCACAGAUAACAAAAUAUGAAAAAGAGGGAAGGAGUGAAAAACAUGUUUCACCUGGCCAAGAAUUCUCUCCAGGGGCUAUCACUGCAGCUAACUAUGACAAAGAUGAACUGGAGACCCUUUUCUGGGGAAUGAAGGAAGAAUUUCAUCGAAUACGCACACUAACAAGAGCACAGACAGACCAGCUGAGUAAAUUUAACCUGCGGAGAGAACCUGUGACUGAAAUCCCAUUCUCCACACCUAUCCAGUGCACGGAUGAACAAGCAGAUGACCUUUGCAACCCUUGGGUUAAAAAGGACCUAAGCAGAGGUAUUACACACUUCCCUUCAGUCACAUCAAAAGAAACGGACCAAGAUGAGGAGGAGAAUUCUGUAGAGUCCCUUUCUCAACUGAGCGUGAAGUUCCCACCUACAGACAGUGAUACUGCUUUCUUGCAGAGUACCCCAGAUGCUCCGCCAAUCCCAUCCAGCAUGGGGACACAAUCCUUGCUUCAGGAUCCACAGUUUAACAGGGAUCUUGGAAGUCAAGAUGAGAGCUUCAGUGACAUGAACUGCAUCUUGUUUGACCAUGACACUGACCCUGUUACUUCAACUGUGUCUAAUCUGGCAGCUACCGGCAUGUCCAAAGCCUCAGCCCACACGAACAUACUCAUCCAGAGUCCUUUGGACAGAGUCCUUAAAGCACCUUUUUUGAACAACUAUGGAACCACUAAUUUCCCAAAACAAGAUAACCCUAAAAUAAAUUUUCCCUCCUCAGCAGCAAAUGAGAGAACUGCCAGAGCGUCUCAGCAGCCACUCUGGAAGAAGCCAUAUCACACUCAAGACAAUGACUUAUUGGCACUUGCUUCUGCAGACUCGGAACUUGAUCAGCCUGGAAUAUGUGAGUUCUGUCAGAAGGUUUUCCCCCCAUCUCGUACAUCCAGGGAGGACUUCCUAAGACAUCUGAAUUCACACUUCAACUUGAAAUCUUAGUGUCAGUAGAACAGGCAGAAGUUUUAUUUAAAUUGAAACCUGAUGGUUGCUGUACUUGAUUGAGUUUCUCAAUAUAUACAGCAAUUUCAAAAUGCAAGGCUACAUCGAUAUAGCACACAUGAUCCGGAGCCCACUGUUAAUAUGAUUGCAGCCUCUUUCAGAGGCGUAAAAGGGAACAGUGUAUAAACACAGUCCCCAUCAACAUGUUCUUAGCUUGUCAAAAAUUUGGUUGAGGGAGAAGCGGGCUGAAGGUUAUCCCCGUCCGGUUUGAGAACAAGAAGUACUUGAAUCCAUAUUCGAUGUAUGGAGCUGGUAACUCUACCACCACUGUGCCUUUGUGUUUGUAAAGAACUUUGUAUUCACUAGGAUGCCUUUAUACAUUUAAAAAAGUUUACGACUUAUUGUAGCAUUAGGUUAUGAAUGUACAUACUUGGAGCCAAGUCUUGUUUAAUGGUGUAAUUAUGUGCUAGUUCUUGAUAGGGCCCUUCAUACUGAAAUGCACUGUGGCCCAUUUGUGAAUACCAGCGACACAUCUGUUUUGGCUUCUGAUAACUGAUGUGCUAAUCUCACAUGCAAAUAGGUCAGUGCAUUUGGUAAAUCACAUUUAAACAUGGCAGGUGUGCAUGGAAUGCUGAUACAAGUAUGUGCUUUAUCUGUGACCCAUGUUACUUUUGAUGACUGUUAAGAGUGAAUAAAAAUUAUCUAGACCAGA